UGCUUGGCGGGAGGCAGAGUAGUUCGAUGGAUGGAUAAAGCAUAUAAAAGCGGGUAAAGUGGAACGUCUCCGUCGGCGCCCCGAUUCGCCUCCCUCUCCUCCUUCCCUCGCCGCCCGCCCGCCCAUGGAUUCGCCGAGGGGCCCCGCGAGCUUCGCGACGCAGGCCAACGCCCUCCUCCGAAAGAACCUCAGCGUCCAGAAACGGAACCUCAAGACAAACAUCGGCAUCACCUUCUUCCCGAUCCUCAUAUGCGUGCUUCUCAUCGUGCUCCAGAACAUCAUCAACAAUGAGCUCGACAAGCCCAAGUACAAAUGCGGUUGCGUCUGCCUCGAGACCAGUUUGGAUGGAAGGUGUGCAAGGAAACAGUGUGGCAUCCAGUACUCGACGCUGGAUCAGGUGGGGAGCUGUCCGAUCCCCAGCCCGCCACAGUGGCCAGCCAUGAUUCAGAUCCCCCGUGCUGAUUUCAGGGCUGUAAGGACAUUCUCCCAACCGUUCAGUGAUUUGCCUGAUCCAUUUUGCCGUGACUCCUGGUCUUGCCCUGCAACUGUGCUUGUCACUGGGAAGGACAAAGCAGUUGCAGAAGCUAUAUCGGGAGGGCUGUUUCCUGUCCUUUCUCCGUCGUUGAAUGCAACAGAUUUACUGGAUCUCUUCACCAAGAUAGUUGCUGGCUCAGAUACACAGCCAUGGUACACACAGUUGCUAGAGCCUGCAUUUUUCUCUGGCCGUACUUUGUAUGUGAUCCAGCCUGAGUGCUUACCUGUCAUGUCACAGACCAUUACAUAUAAUACUGGGGGCAUACCCUUUCAGCUCAAUAUACAGUGUGUUGAAGGUGUCCCGUUAUGGCGUGAAAGUGCAUCAAUUAUCAACCAUGAAUUCUUAAAGGGUUAUAGACAACGAGGAGGAGAAAUAAACGAAUUUAUUGCAGGGUAUGACUUCUUGGGCACAACACAGUAUGGCCUCGGUGUAAAUGUUUGGUACAAUUCUACUUACAGCGAUAACAAUGCAUAUUCAUUUAUCACAACAUUGCGGGUUCCACGCUUGGUGAAUGCAGUAUCCAACGCUUAUCUCAAAUUUAUCAAAGGAACUGGGGUAGAAAUGCUACUUGAGUAUGUAAAAGAUAUGCCCAAAGUUGGGACAAGUUUUCAGUUGGAUCUGUCUUCUCUUCUCAGUGUGUUAUUCUUCACAUGGAUCAUCGAACUUCUUUUCCCAGUUAUGUUGUCAUAUCUGGUGUAUGAGAAGCAGCAGAAGCUAAGGAUUAUGAUGAAAAUGCAUGGUCUGAAGGAUGGGCCUUACUGGCUGAUAUCUUAUUCUUAUUUCCUUGCUCUAUCAAUCGUCUAUAUGUUAUUCUUUAUGAUUUUUGGCUCCUUGAUAGGUCUCAAUUUUUUCAGAGUAAAUGAAUAUAGCAUACAAGUUGUUUUUUUCUUCAUCUGUAUAAAUUUGCAGAUUGCACUUGCAUUUUUUGUGGCGUCUUUCUUUUUGUCUGUCAAGAUGGCCACAGUGAUUGGCUACAUGUAUGUAUUUGGCUCUGGCUUACUUGGUGCAUUUCUUUUCCGUUUCUUUGUUGAGGACCAAAUGUUUCCCUAUGGUUGGACAUUAGUCAUGGAGAUUGUCCCAGCAUUUUCCCUCUAUCGGGGCCUAUAUGAACUUGGUCAAUAUGCAUUCUCGGGAAGCAGUAUGGGAGCCACUGGUAUGACCUGGAGAAGUCUGAAAGAUCCCCUCAAUGGAAUGCAUGAUGUCAUGAUCAUAAUGAGUGUAGAAUGGGCAGUGCUGCUCAUAUUAGCAUUCUAUUUAGAUCAAGCCUCUUUGCUAGGCGGUGGUGUCAGAAAAAACCCUUUUUUCUGCUUCAGAUGUUUACAGAAGAAACAUGCACCAUCAUUGCAUGAACCUAGCAAUGCCCAACAGGAUUCCAAAGUCAUUCUCGAUGUGGAGAAAUCCGAUGUUGCUCUAGAAAGAAAACGAGUUGAGCAACUUUUGAUAGAUCCCAAUGCAAACCAAGCUAUCAUCUGUGAUAACCUCAGGAAGGUUUAUCAUGGAAGGGAUGGAAACCCCAACAAGCUGGCUGUUCGAGGGUUAUCUCUUGUCCUUCAAAAGGGCCAAUGCUUCGGAAUGCUUGGCCCAAAUGGAGCUGGGAAAACAUCUUUCAUUAAUAUGAUGAUUGGACUCAUUAAACCUACAUCUGGUACUGCUUAUGUCCACGGAAUGGAUAUAAAUAUGGAUAUGGGUAACAUAUAUACAAAUAUGGGAGUGUGCCCACAACACAAGUAUUUACUCUUACCUCGUACUAAUCUGGCCAAAAGUUUUCCUUUAUGGAUCAUAUAUUUAAUCAUGGUAAUUUGUGGUCUUAAAUGCAGCUUGCUUUGGGAAACACUGACUGGAAAAGAACAUCUUUUCUUUUAUGGCAGGUUGAAAAAUCUUAAAGGUGCUGAAUUAAUGAAGGCUGUUGACCACUCUCUGAAGAGUGUAAAUCUCUCCCAUGGUAAUGUUGGCGAUAAGCAAGUGAAGAAAUACAGCGGCGGCAUGAAAAGAAGGCUCAGCGUGGCAAUCUCAUUGAUUGGGGACCCUAAAGUUGUCUUCAUGGAUGAGCCAAGCACAGGACUGGAUCCAGCAUCAAGAAAUAACCUAUGGAAUGUUGUGAAGGAGGCCAAGAAAAACCGUGCGAUUAUUCUGACUACACACUCAAUGGAAGAGGCAGAGGUAUUGUGUGACAGGCUUGGCAUCUUUGUUGAUGGUGAUUUCCAAUGCCUUGGAAACCCUAAAGAGCUAAAGGCUAGAUAUGGGGGGACAUACAUAUUAACAGUGACAACACCCCCAGACCAAGAGAUGGAGGUUGAACAGCUAGUGCAUCAGUUCUCGCCCAGUGCAAACAAGAUCUACCAUCUAUCUGGAACUCAGAAGUUCGAGCUGCCAAAACAAGAGGUGAAAAUAGCACAUGUUUUUGACGUGGUCGAGAAAGCGAAGCGCCGGCUCACAAUACAUGCCUGGGGACUGGUUGACACUACCUUGGAGGAUGUCUUCAUCAAGGUCGCCAGAGGAGCACAAGUGUUCAACGAGUUCGUGUAGAUAAUAUACCUAUAGGACUAGCUUCAUAGCCAGCAAGGGACCCCAGUUAUUGGAUGGGACUGCAUAGAGAAUCUUGUUGUUUUGUAGGUAUUUCAUUAGUGAGAACCAUUCUUCUUUGAGAAAUACGCUCCAUAUGUUUUGGUUUACGUGGUUGUACAGAAAUACAUUCUUGAUACUGCAAUUGCAGAAUAGAAAUUGUCCAGAUGUUUUCAUAUUUUAUUUUCAUGUAUGUCUGAAAAAA